AAAGUAUAUAGUGUAAAAUAAAAAGCUUCGGUUCAUUUAAUAUAAGAGACAUAUAUAAAUAAGUACGACUUUUAUAUAAAUAGACAUAACAAUGAUUUUUCAAGAUUUCUCAUAAAAUUGCUUACAAAAUAAUUUGUCAUCCGAACGAAGACACAGCUUUGUGUAUAAACUAUUAAUAAAGCGAAAUCACGUAAAGGGUGCGAAAAAUGAUUUUCAUGAAAGAUUACGAAGUGAGAGAAGCAACGAAUGAAGAAAUUCCAGCGAUAAACUCCCUAAUGGAACGAAGCUUUCACCCCGAAGAAACAAUUCUUCACUGUCUCUUGACAAAAUACAAAUCGACCUUAACCCAAGACGAUCUUCGUCAGAUAGACGAAGACCAGCGAGCAAUAAUCGCAGCCAUGGUCGCCAAUUAUCCCUGCCAAGUUAUCGUCCACAAUGCUACCAGCAAAAUCGUCGGGGUCAACAUUAUGAUCGCCAGUGAAAAUUCAAAGCUCGUCCCAGCGGAUAAUCGCUCCAUCGACGUCUACGAGACUCAUCCUCCGAAAUGUCAAUUUCUCCGCGAUUACUUCCGCCACAUGAACGAAAUGAUCGACAGAGCCGACCUGUUUUCCAAGGUUCCAAAAGCCAAACGCUUUUUGGAGUUUUACGCGAUAGCGAUUGACGCGGAUCACAGAAAGAAGGGACUGUCGACGCUUUUGAUGAGGGAAGGAAUCGUUUUUGCGCGGAUGAACAAAGUGGAUGUGGUUUUCGGACUGUUCACGUCGCCGUUUUCGAAGAGGGCCGCAGAAAAGCUGGGACUGGAGAACGUCAUGGAUUUGGAUUUGCUGGAGUACAAAGAUACCGAUGGCUCUUUGCUUUAUGAGGAAUCAAGGGGACACAGCGUUGCCUCUGUUAUGGCUAUGCAGUCGAGCGUGGAUGAUUUCAAAUUCAAAUCUGUGUAAAAUAAUGUAUACAUAGUUAUGUAUAAAAAAUAAUAACAUAAUAAUUGAGAUUUACGCUAAAGCACGAA